GGUUAAUGCGCGUACCUGAUCGUCUGUCAAACGUAACUUACAUCGAACAUGUUAAUAUCUCUAAUCGUAUUUAUUUGAAAGUUUGACCGCAUCUAGUCAAUCUAGUCAAUUUAAUUCGGUUAUUUCAAUUAAAUGACAUUUCCUUCUAUAAUGACUUGUUUGCUCCCAAAGAAAUUUCCAAAGCACAGCUGUCUUUCAAAUUUGCUGGCACAGUUUCAACCUCUAGGUUUUGUACAGAAGUAUGGAUAUGCCACUGAUGUUACUUUGGACAAGGAGGGACCCAUUGCUCUUUUAAAGGCUAAAGUGGCUAGAGGAGAAUUAAUGAACGAUGAUCAUCAGAUGAAAGUUGCUGAAACUUUGCAAGCUAUUUAUGAAGAAACAAAUGGAUACAAGCCAGAAGAAUCUGGUCUAUUAGACAAAUGGCUUGGUAGAAAAAGGCCACAACCACCAAAAGGAUUAUAUCUUUAUGGAGCUGUAGGUGGAGGUAAAACAAUGUUGAUGGAUCUUUUCUAUGAAUGCUGUCAGAUUGAAAACAAGCGAAGGGUUCAUUUUCAUUCUUUUAUGGCGGAUGUACAUAAUAGAGUUCAUGAAGUAAAGAAAACCAUUGUUCGAGAUGUUAGCAGUACAAAGCUUCAACCAUUCGAUCCGAUACCACCAGUUGCCAGAAGCAUCACCGAAGAGGCUUGGUUAAUUUGUUUUGAUGAGUUUCAGGUAACUGAUAUUGCAGAUGCAAUGAUAUUAAAACGAUUAUUUACGGAAUUGUUUAGCAAUGGUGUAAUAGUAAUUGCAACCAGUAAUAGAGCACCGGAUGAUUUAUACAAGAAUGGAUUGCAAAGGGGAAAUUUUGUUCCGUUUAUACAGAUAUUAAAAAAUUAUUGCAUUGUAAAUUCCUUAGAUUCGGGUAUAGAUUAUAGAUUGAAAACUGGACUUAGCGAUGAAAAAAUUUAUUUCAUUAAAGGAAAAGAUGCGGCAAGUAAGAAUGUAGACAAGGUGUUUAAGUAUCUAUGCUCGAAGGAGAAUGAUAUUGUGAGACCACGUACCAUUUGUAUAAGAGGUCGCAAUGUUAAUUUUCAAAGAACUUGUGGGCAGGUGUUGGAUUCCACGUUUGAAGAGUUGUGUGAUAGACCCCUUGGUGCUAGUGAUUAUCUAGAACUAAGUCAAGUAUUUCACACUGUGUUUAUAAGAGAUGUUCCACAAUUAGAUUUUCGAUUUAAAUCUCAAACUAGAAGAUUUAUUACAUUAAUUGAUACAUUGUAUGAUAAUAGGGUACGAGUUGUUAUAUCUGCAGCUGUACCGCAUACAAAACUGUUUGUGGCAGAAGGUAAUACUGAUUAUACAGAUGAAAAGAGAAUGUUAAUGGAUGAUUUAAAAAUAUCGCAUGGUUCUGAUGAUCAUAAAUCUAAUCUGUUUACCGGGGAAGAAGAGCUCUUUGCCUUUGAUCGUACUGUGUCACGACUUUCAGAAAUGCAAACUGCACAAUAUUGGGAACAAUGGCAACAUCAUAGAUGAUAUUAAUUCAGAUUAGCAGAAAUUUCAGUAGUUCCUUUUUCUAGUACAUUUAUCUAAGUCAAUAAAUUAUAAAUUCUUAGUUAAAUCUAUUGUAACUAAGUAUUAUGUUAAUAUGAAAAUGUUCAUUUUCUUAGGCACGGU